CAAACAGCCAUCGCAAUUGUGGCGAAACGCUGAAGUGUGACUGACAUUCCCACGGCUGAAAUGGCUAGAAUUUUCGCGAACUCCCUGCUGAGGCACCAAACACGUUACCAGCUUUUGGCCACUGUCAUUGUGAACAUCAUUACCUUUAGCCAUGGAGUGGGAGUGGGCUGGCUCUCACCGACACUUACCAAAAUUCAAACUGCCGAUUCGCCGCUAAACUUCGAAGUAAAUCUGGCCGAGUUAUCAUGGCUGGGCUCGAUGCUGGGACUGGGAAGCCUGUGUGGUAAUUUAACCAUAGCGCUGCUUAUUGAAAGAGCCGGAAGGAAAUUUUGCCUUUACCUAAUGGCCGUACCCUACGCGUGCAUUUGGAUUUUGAUCUAUUGUGCCUCGAAUGUGUAUUUCCUGUAUGCAGCACGGUUUUUGUGUGGGUUCACCGGAGGUGCUGGUUACGUGGUGGUUCCGAUUUUCAUCAGUGAAGUCGCAGACAGCGACAUUCGAGGGGCUCUCACUUCCAUGGUGAUGUUAUCCGUCGAUUUGGGAAUACUGGCUGGCUAUAUACUCAGCACCUAUCUGGCCUAUCACGUUGUACCCUUCUUGGCUAUUAUCUUGCCGGUGGCCUACUUUAUGGCCAAUAUAAUGUUACCCGAAACAGCUCCAUUUCUGCUGAGGAAAAGCCAACUGGGUGCAGCUGAGAAUUCGUUUAGGUACUACAGAAAUCAGCGAAAUGCUGUUGCUGACCCAUCCUCCAAAGAUAAUUUCGAGGAGCUUCGCACAGCCGUUCUGGCUCAGCAGACGAGGAAUUCUACACCGCUGAGUUACAAGGACCUCACUACCAAGCCAGCUCUAAAGGGUUUUGCCGCCUCAAUUGUCCUCAGCUUGGGCUACCAAUUCAGUGGCGUUUUUAGCUUCAUCAACUAUAUGUCCGACAUAUUCAAAGCCUCUGGCUCGAUUGUGGAUGUUAACACUGCCACCAUUAUCAUUGGAAUAGUGCAAAUUGUGGGCGUGUACACUUCGACCAUAUUCGUGGACAUCGUGGGCAGAAGACUUCUGAUGCUGAUCUCUACCAUGGGCGUGGGCAUCGGAUGCAUUGCCUUUGGUUGCUUCACUUACUUUGACGACAUCUAUGAUCUCAGCGAAUUUAAUUGGCUGCCUUUGGUGCUGAUGAUAUUCAUCUGCUACGUGGCGAACAUUGGAUUGAUCGGAAUCUUUUUCCUGGUCCUGGUGGAGCUCUUUCCAGUGAAGAUUCGUUCCCUAGCCACUUCCAUGUCGGUGAUUUUCUUGAGUAUUCUGGUUUUCGGCACCCUGAAACUGUUUCCCCUGAUGCUGCACUUUUGGGGAAUUUCGAUAACCAUGUGGUUCUCUGCCGCCUCUGGAUUGCUGACUUUCCUUUACUUCUGGCUAUUUCUGCAGGAAACUAAGGGAAAGUCUAUGAUCGAAGACUAACAUCCUCUAAGUCAACCAGCUUUUAUUAUUUGAUGAUU